CCAGUAGACGCCUACAGAGGCGGUCCAAACCAGUCAGCUGCUACCCAGCCGAAGGAACAACAGGAGCGUUCUCUCAGAUUUUUGACGAAAAGAAUAUCCAACCCUUCAUACAAAAUGCGCGAAAUAGUGCACUUGCAGGCCGGCCAGUGCGGAAACCAGAUUGGAGCUAAGUUCUGGGAGGUGAUCAGCGAUGAGCAUGGCAUAGACCCCACCGGUGCCUACCAUGGGGACAGUGAUCUGCAGCUGGACCGGAUCAGCGUCUACUACAACGAGGCAUCAGGUGGGAAGUAUGUUCCCCGUGCUAUCCUGGUGGAUCUGGAGCCCGGAACCAUGGACUCGGUCAGGUCAGGCCCAUUCGGACAGAUCUUCAGGCCCGACAACUUUGUCUUUGGCCAAAGCGGAGCAGGAAACAACUGGGCGAAGGGUCACUACACCGAGGGAGCCGAGCUGGUGGACUCGGUCAUGGACGUGGUGAGGAAGGAGGCGGAGAGCUGCGACUGCCUGCAGGGCUUCCAGCUCACCCACUCCCUGGGGGGGGGCACAGGCUCCGGCAUGGGCACCCUGCUCAUCAGCAAGAUCCGCGAAGAGUACCCCGACCGCAUCAUGAACACCUUCAGCGUGGUGCCCUCGCCCAAGGUGUCGGACACAGUGGUGGAGCCCUACAACGCCACCCUCUCCGUCCACCAGCUGGUCGAGAACACGGACGAGACCUACUGCAUCGACAACGAGGCCCUCUACGACAUCUGCUUCCGCACGCUCAAGCUGACCACGCCCACCUACGGCGACCUCAACCACCUGGUGUCGGCCACCAUGAGCGGCGUCACCACCUGCCUCCGCUUCCCCGGCCAGCUCAACGCCGACCUCCGCAAGCUGGCCGUCAACAUGGUGCCCUUCCCCCGCCUCCACUUCUUCAUGCCGGGCUUCGCCCCGCUCACCAGCAGGGGGAGCCAGCAGUACCGCGCCCUGUCCGUGCCCGAGCUGACGCAGCAGAUGUUUGACGCCAAGAACAUGAUGGCGGCGUGCGACCCCCGUCACGGGCGCUACCUGACGGUGGCGGCCGUGUUCCGCGGGCGCAUGUCCAUGAAGGAGGUGGACGAGCAGAUGCUCAACGUGCAGAACAAGAACAGCAGCUACUUCGUGGAGUGGAUCCCCAACAACGUGAAGACGGCCGUGUGCGACAUCCCACCCCGCGGCCUCAAGAUGUCCGCCACCUUCAUCGGAAACAGCACGGCCAUCCAGGAGCUGUUCAAGCGCAUCUCCGAGCAGUUCACCGCCAUGUUCCGCCGCAAGGCCUUCCUCCAUUGGUACACCGGCGAGGGCAUGGACGAGAUGGAGUUCACCGAGGCGGAGAGCAACAUGAACGACCUGGUGUCCGAGUACCAGCAGUACCAGGACGCCACCGCAGAGGAGGGGGAGUUUGAGGAGGAGGGAGAAGAAGAGGUGGCAUAAAGAUGACAUGACGACCUUCUGAUACACGUUCCCAUCUCACUGCCAAAACCCCCAACCCCAAGCCACUUACGUUAUGUUGGAAUUGGUUUAUUUCCCCGCCCGCGCUUUCAAAACCCAUCACCCUCGAGCACUAUCGCUAUAGUGUCGGGGAUUGGUGUUAACUUGACAGCCGUGGGGUAAUUGGUUGAAAUGUUUUGUUUUUUUAUAUGUUGUGAUUGCACUGAAUUAUCUUAUUCCUUAUACCCGCCCCCGCCCCCCCCCUUCAUCGCCUUGUCAAAUGCAAAAAAAACUGUGAAAUGAUGUUAACAAUAAGUAACUAAUACAAACUUAAAUCACUA